AUGGCUACAAUUUCAAGCACACAAUUGAGCGACAUGGAACUAAAUAGUCUUACACAAAUAGCCAACAAAGCUGCUGAUGCUGCAGGUGAAGUAGUACGUAAAUACUACUCCAACGCUGCAAGAUUCCAGUUCAGGGAAAAAGAUGGUGACGGACCAGUCACCUGUGCUGACGUGAAAGCUGAACAGGCUAUAAGUUGUGUCAUUCUUGAAGCUUUUCCUUCACACUCUAUUUAUGGGGAGGAAACUGGUUGGCAUAAUCGCGAUAACACCAUUAUUCCUAAUCAGUUCAUAUGGGUUUUUGACCCGAUUGAUGGGACUUCAAGUUUUGUAGGUAAAGAUAAUUGUGCUUUUGGUAUUCUCAUUGGGUUGGUUUAUAAUGGAAAGCCGAUUCUUGGUUGUAUUGAUCAGCCAAUCUUGAAACUCAGGUGGGUUGGGGUUAAGGGAAAAGGAACUACGAUUAAUGGUGAGAGAGUUUACACAUUGGAUUGUUGUGAUCUUGGUAAAGCUAGGGUUCAUUUAAAGGUACCGAAUUAUAACGAUGACGCGAAGAGAGCGUAUGAUUGUCUAUCGAAGAAGGUGGGGAAGAAGUUGUUUAAUGGGAACUGUGUUGUUUUUGGUGAGUUGGCUUCGGGUUUUGUUGAUGUUGUGGUUGAUUGUGCACUUGAUCCUUAUGAUUUUCUUGCACUUGUUCCGGUCGUUGAGGGUGCUGGUGGUGUUGUUACUGAUUGGGAAGGACGUGAGCUUGAGUGGAAUGCUGAUACUCCAGUGCCUGAAGGUGGGUUUAAGAUUGUUGCUACUGCUGGGAAAACCAUUCAUCAACAUGUUAUUAAUGCACUAUCACAAUAA